GAUAUCAGAGCCAGCAUUCCCGUGCAAGUAAAGGGGCAAAAGUAAUUAAAGCACCAACAAUGGCCGAGCCACCACUUUUAAUUAUGGACAAUCAGAUUGCUCGCGUGUUACAAUACCGAGAUUUGAUCCCUCGUCUGGAGGAAGCGUUGGCCAAAUUUUCCACAAGAGAUCCUGCUGAAGUAAUCCAGCCUGUGAGGACCACUCUGCCUCUGCAAAAACUUAACGGUUACCUGGGAUUAAUGCCUUCUUACAUGGAAAACGAUGGAGUCCUGUGCACAAAGUUUGUGUGUUACUACAACCGGGAGAAAGGCUCCGAAUUACCAACAGUUCAGGCCACAGUGGUGCUGCUGGACCCUGAGAUUGGAAGCGUGAAAGCUGUGAUGGAAGGAAAUGUCAUCACGUGCAUGAGGACGGCUGCUGUUUCCGCCAUCUCUGCAAAGUUGCUGAUGUCUCCCCAAGCGGAGGUGAUGGCCAUCUUGGGAACCGGCCAACAGGCCCUGAGUCAUUAUAAUGUGUUCACUGAGAUGUUUUCAUUCAAAGAGGUGCGAGUGUGGGGCCACAGGAAAGAAGGGAUGGAGAAGUUUCGAAAUUCAGUCACCGGACCCGUGAGCGUUUGCGACUCAGCAGAGACGGCAGUGAGGGGAGCUGACGUCAUUGUGACGGUAACCACAAGUUCAGAGCCGGUGCUCUUUGGACGCUGGGUCAAACAAGGAGCCCAUGUGGCAGCGGUGGGAGCUUGCCAACCAAACUGGAGGGAGCUGGAUGACGUGCUGAUGGCGGAGGCGGUGGUCUAUGCUGACAGCAGGGAGGGAGCCGUGACAGAGUCUGGUGACAUCCUCCUUUCUGGGGCUGAGGUGUUUGCAGAGCUUGGGGAAAUAAUCAAUGGAAGAAAACCUGCGCUCAGAGAAAAGACGACUGUGUUUAAAUCUCUGGGAAUGGGUCUUCAAGAUGCAGUGAGUGCCAAGUUAGUGUUUGACCAAUGGAAAGAAAGUCAAGUACCGGUAGUUUGAAAUCAUCCCUGUUUAAAGAUCAUUCAUUGCAUGGCUAACAAAUUACUCAAACAAUCAUAAUGUGAUUGCAUUUUUGAUGUCUUUAUUUACUUAUAAAACAUGUCAAAUCAUACCGUAUUAAAGCAUGUGUGCACAAGUGAGCAGAACUGAAAACUGUUAAAAUGAGCCCAGAUUUGAUCAUUGCUGAAUUAAAAAUAAAACCGUUACAGCUGA